UUUUUUUUCAAUGCAGCUGAAAACAUAACAUUUCUGCAAACCUCCAAGUCCCGCCGUACUAUCCUGGGUGUGUCCGCUCGGCUGGAGGAGGAGGAGGAGGAAGAGGAGAGUCGGGCAGAUGUGAAUAACGGUGCAGACAUUUGACGCCUUAUUUGGUCUGCUGGGCGGGGAUCUGUGUCUCCUGAGCUGCUGGUCCUGGAGUUGAAAAGUUACAAUCUACCGCUGCUUGUCCUGGAGAACAGAGUCUACACGAGGUCAAGAAACAGGAAGUUUCUCUGCCUUCACUGAGAAGUUGAUGUUGAAGAUCUGAGGAAGUAACUCCAAAAAGGAACCCACUUUUCAUCACCUCCUACAUCUCCCAUCAUGGCGAUAGUCGUCCAAUCCAGCCCCCUACUGUGGACACGGUUGGCAGCCCUCAUCUUCUCCUGCGUGGCCUUCUCCGUGGCGGUUCAUGGAGCUCAAGUCUCCCAAAGCACGGGAAACUGGUGCAUCUUCUGCUGGGCCUUCAGCUUCGCGGGAACUCUGCUUGUCCUCCUGGUGGAGCUGUUCGGCCUUCAGACCAGAGCCCCUGUUUCCUGGAAGAACUUCCCCAUCACCUUCGCCUGCUACGCCGCCCUUCUGUGUCUGUCCGCCUCCAUCAUCUUCCCCCUCUACUUCCUGAAAGGCUCCCCUGGCCAACAUACAGUCGGUGACUACCGCAUUGUGGCGACAGUCUUCUCCUGCCUCGCCACCAUCGCCUACAUCAGCGAGGUGAGCAUCAGCAAGGCGCGUCCAGGAGAGGUGGUGGGCUACAUGGCCACAGCCCCCGGGCUGCUGAAAGUAUGCGAGACCUUCGUGGCCUGCAUCAUCUUCGUCUUCGUUAGCGACCCCGUGGCGUACGAGCGCACCCAUGCACUCAAGUAUUGCAUGUCCGUCUAUUGCAUCUGCUUCAUCCUCUCAGCAGUCAUCAUCUUACUCUGCAUCGGCGAGUGCACAGGCUUCCUACCAUUCCCGUUUGCUCGUUUCCUGUCUGCCUACGCCCUUCUGGCUGUUGUCCUCUAUCUGUCCGCAACCAUCAUCUGGCCCAUCUUCAACUUUGACCCCAAGAACGGCGGAAUUAAACAAAGGCCCUCCUCCUGUAGCAGCGGGAGGGAUCCGUGCCAGUGGGAUAAGGUCAUGACGGUGGCCGUGCUCACCGGUGUCAACUUCAUUCUCUACCUGGUAGAUCUGAUCUACUCCUCCCGCCUGGUCUUUGUCAGCGCUUGAGGGGGGGAGAGGUUGUCAGGCCUGCAGUGUGCUCCAGAUGAAAUUGAAUUUGGCAUUUUCUAAAAGGCUGUUGAACUGCUUUCAAACAGAGUGCUGCAAACAAAUGUGACUCUGGUGAUGUUGAAGGGAGUCAUAUAAGCUAGAGGGGCUUUUAGGUGCCGUACACCUCACAGUUAUUACACCUGAUGGUACAGCUUAAUGUUAUUUGACUACAUUUGUUGUUUUAGAUUUACUCAGUAAAUAAAGGAUUUCACUGUAGUUCUGCUCAGAAAAAGUUGGUGUUGAAUUUUUUUUAAUGGUCAACAAAGGAUGUACUGAACAUGAUGCACAGGGGGCAGUGUAUACGUCUUUUUGAAACUAGUAAGCUCAUCCUGGGUAAUCAAAGAACCUUUCGUCCUCCUCGUGUUUUUUCUUCACAAACCUGCCAAAUUUAAUUUUGUAAAAAGCAUACUGCCAGCUCGUGGACCACAGAGAUAGAGAAGAUGGAGAGGCUGACGUUAACGGCUAUGUUUACACGUACAACAAUAUUCCCCUUAAGUACCGAGGCUUUCUGUUCAUGUGUUGGAGCGCGUAAAUGUCAAUCUCAGAGGCCUGGAUAGACUUCACUUUAUGAGAUCUGAAUGUGAUUGCUGGAUUAUGCUGAUACUAAAAACCUUUCUUUACACAGAAAUGGCCUUGUUACCAGAAAUAUAACUUAAUAAAAAGGUUUUUAUCAUGCAUACAGAGGUGUGUAUGAUCUGGAUUUGAGUAAGCUUUCAAGAGAACCUCAAGCUAAGACCAAAAAACUGCGUCCAUGUAAACAUAGUCUGAAAUGACAAAUGGAGAAACAGCUAAGAAAUGGCGGCUCAUUGUGUUUUUGUUAGAAUAUUUUGCAUAUUGUAUAUGUCAGUGCUCUGCCUGAGGUUUGUUUUAAUUUGAUCUCUUCAAUUUGAAAGUGACUGGCCCGGUAUUUGAAGGCAUCAAAUUGUCAUCCAAGUCAAGUUUAAAACGUCUUUUUGUUGAUGGAUCAGAGUUCAUCAAAUUUUCAUCCAGCUCCAGGGCUUGAAGUAACAGAUAAUCAUUAACAUGGUAUCGCUAGGCUAGGUGAUAAAUGCUAGGCUAGCCUCUCUCCUGUUGUUAUAGUGUAUACGUGUAUUUGUAUCUGCAAGCUUCAAUGAAUGGCAAGAAUAUAUAUGUUCAUAAGCAAGAUUGUGGAUUUAUAAACAUGUCAAAAGUGCACUUAAUAUUAGCAUAGUGGUCUCUUAAUGUUUAAAGUUCUGGUUUAUCCGAAUAACAAGAAUAUAACAACACCAACUCGUACCAUCAGAUUCUCACACAUUGUUGAUUGGGUCUAUUGGCUUUGUACUGCUGUAAUAAAAACUCAGAGGACAUAACAGAUGAUUUUCUCUUUGACAAUGUUGUUAGUGUUAUAUUCUUCAACUUUUUAUACUCCACUGUUCGUGUCUGAAGUGUGCAUACCACAUCAGUGUUGUAAGAAACAUAAUCCAGUGUUUUAAUAAAGCCACAUGGUAAACAGA